AGUGCUUUGGUAGAGUAGGAUCUCGUAGCUAACUUACAAAAUGGGGAAGAAACACGAUGAAAACAUUGAAAACAAUCCUGAAUUAACGGCUCCUUUGAAUGCAGAUUCCAUGGAGACCCCUGCGAUCGUUGCGGAGAGCGACCCCCCAAGAGCUGCCUGGGAUAGCAAGAUUCAGUACUUCUUCAUGGUAAUCAGUUAUGCCGUAGGACUUGGAAACGUAUGGAGAUUUCCAUAUUUGACCCAAAAGCAUGGAGGAGGAGCAUUUCUCAUCCCCUACUUUGUCAUGCUGUUUGUGGAGGGCAUGCCACUGUUGUACCUCGAGUUGGCCAUUGGACAGAAGCUGCGUCAAGGCAGCAUGGGAGUAUGGAACGAGAUCCACCCUCUCAUGGGUGGUGUCGGCAUCGCCAGUGCGGUGACGUCCUUCAUGGUGGCCCUAUACUACAACGCCAUCAUCAUGUGGUGUUUCUAUUACCUGUUCCACUCCUUCCAGAGCCCCCUCCCCUGGUCUUCGUGUCCCUCCAUCACAACUGCCCCCAAUGUUAGCGUCAUCGUCCCAGAGUGCAAGAUAGGGGGGUCGACCUCAUACUUCUGGUACCGCAACGCCCUUGACAUAUCAUCAGGAAUUGAUGAUGCAGAUGGCGUCAAAUGGAAGAUGCUGUUGUGUCUGAUAUUCUCAUGGAUUGUGGUCUAUUGCUGUAUCUGCAAGGGAAUUAAGUCUUCAGGAAAGGUCGUGUAUUUCACAGCAAUAUUUCCGUAUGUGGUGCUUAUCAUCUUCUUCGGAAGGGGGAUAACUCUGAGAGGAUCAACAGAUGGAUUACUUCACAUGUUCACACCAAGGAUGGAGAGUUUAAAAGAUCCGCAGUGCUGGCUGGAUGCGGCUACCCAGAUCUUCUACUCCUUCGGCCUGGCGUUCGGUGGCCUUAUUGCCUUUUCCAGUUACAACCCCAAGAAAAACAACUGUGAAAGAGAUGCAAUAAUUGUCUCCCUCUGCAACUGGUUCACCGCCAUCUUUGCCUGCACAGUCAUCUUCUCCAUCCUAGGGUUCAAGGCCACGCUGAUGUAUGAGAACUGCAUCAGUCAAAACAUUGAACUGCUUCUUGAAAUAAGUCCAUACAACCUUGAGUAUAACGAGACGACACUGACACAGUCUGUGUACCUGGAACAGUUUGCUGACAACAUCGCUAACAUCACCAACACCACAGAAAAACUACGACAUUGUAGCUUACAAGAUGACCUCAACAAGGGAGCUGAAGGCACCGGACUGGCCUUCAUCAUCUUCACUCAAGCCAUCAAUGAAUUCGGACCAUCGGCGCCAUUCUGGUCCAUUGUUUUCUUUCUCAUGCUCCUGUCUUUGGGUCUGGGCAGUGAGUUUGGCACUAUUGAAGGCGUUUCUACAUCACUUCAUGACCUUCAACUUUACCCUUGGAUGAAGAAAAAAUGGCUUCUUUCAGCUGUGUUGUGUGGCACCAGCUGUGUCACUGGAAUCCUGUUCGUCCUGGGGAGUGGAUCUUACUGGGUGGCCCUCUUUGACACAUUUGCUGGGUCCUUCCCUCUCAUCCUGGUGGCUCUAGCCGAGACUAUCGGAGUCGCCUACGUAUAUGGACUCAACAGGUUCUGUACAGAUAUAGAGUUCAUGAUAGGACACAGACCCAACAUCUACUGGCGGAUCGUGUGGAAGGUGGUGGCACCACUACUCAUCAUCACGCUCCUCAUCUCGACCCUCAUCAGCAAGUUCAGCAAGCCUCUCACGUACAAGCCUUAUGAUAUAAACAAUGGUGAGCUGGCUGUUGAUGAAAAGCCCUAUCCAUGGUAUGCCUCCACUGUUUGUGCCUUCCUGGUUCUCUCCUCAAUUCUAUGGAUGCCCGCUAUUGCAAUAUUACGCCGAUUUGGAUGUCUCUCAUACAACGUGGCCAAGGCAACGCGGGCCGACACACAGGGCGUUACUAGCUCUACUAUGAAGUUCAUCAGGAGCAACGCCACUAUAGAGGACAAUGACUCUGGACACAACUCCGAUGAGGGGGCGGGGCAUGAUGAGAUCCUGUACGUCGGAAAGUCAUCUGGGCAAGAGAUCCUACAGGAAUUCAAAGCUAGAGAUUCCCAUGUAUAAUUCCUAUGAUAUGCAUACAUUAGUUGUGGUGUACAUACUGUGUCCUGAUGGUUGUUUCACGAGUUGUUUGUGUUGAUGAUCUGUUGUCCUGAUGAUACCUGCGUAAAGCACUGCUGAGAAUAUGUGCCUUUAUUCUUAUGCAUCAUCACUGCUUCACCAGUUUGUACACAUCAUACUCCUCCAUUACCCAGUAAGACAUAGGGAAACUGUUUUGUUGUAAUGAUGCUAGUCUGUUAGUAAUACACCUUGUAUAAGCUAAUGAAAGGAAGCAAUUUUAGCCAUCAUAAUUUAAAAAUAACUUUUGACAGUUUUGUGAUGUAUGUGUGUGUGUGAGGGGAUGGGGGGUGUUGGGGUGUCAUCAGCUUCUUUUCUAAACUGGAACAUACUGUGUCUUUACGAAUUCUACAUGUGUCCAGUUGCACAUCAUGAGAUUAUUUUCAAGUUUCAUUUUUCGUUUUAAGAUGUGUCAGCAGAAGUAAGCAAUUACAAAUUUUGUGUACUCUUUUUUUUCCGAUUUUGAAAAUGAAAAUGCUUUCAGCACAUCUGUAAUCCGACGAAUUAAAACUAAUGGGCUUAUUUGUUACUGGAGUCAGAUUUGCCCUCUUCAGUGCCUGAACUUAUUUUAACCCUAUGUUAAUAUGUUAAACUACAAAGUUGCUGGUGUAUUCACUGCUGUGAGCACUCAAUGAUUCCUAGAACCAGGCCUUUUGCUGGAUUCAGUACAUACACCAGUAGCCACUAUACAACAUGGCAGCCAUGUGUGUUCCUGGGUAAGGGAGGAAUGUCGUGUAACCACUGAAUUAUGGACAAUGUCUUACGUGAAUGUUUUCUUUAGAAGGCCUUGAUCAAAGAGAUGACUGACAAGGGUAUUGAAAUAAUAGCUUCUCUUUUUAAGUGGAAUAUCAACAGUAUAAGAACCUUUUUUUUUCAUGAUUUACAAACGAGCUUUGUAUGAAAACAUAGAUUUGAUAGAUAGAUAGGCACACACAAUAACAGUAGACUGUUAAAUAUUCUGCAUUAAGCCAACAUGCUGCAGUAACAUUACUAGUGGUAGUGCUAUUGGUUAAGUCUAAAUAUGUGCAUCAAUUUGUACCCACUGACGUUGGGGAUUAUCUCCCUUGCGUCAUCCUUGAUGUGCCCAUUAUUCUCAUGAUGGCAUAUGAUAUAUCUUGUAGUUUGAGGCAUGUGUUGAUGAUUGGCACAUGCUGCAUACUUUUCAGAAGCAUUUUUAUAUGCCGCACUCCGACAUUAUCAUUUGUUUACCAUUGAAAUGAUAUAACUGAACUAUGUGUAGGUGAAUAUCUGCACAUGAUUUCUCCAGAGGAUGCUCGGUUAGAAUUCAGACUGUUGCUUCACGUUCACACUUGUCACAUUUAGAAUGAACACAGGAGAAUUCUGAACUGAACUCUCUGACAUCCCAAGUUGGGAAGAGUUGCCUCCCUUUUGUGCAUUUGUAUUUUUUAAAACUAAACACUGUUUAGCUGUUUUAUUCAUGUGUAACUUUCUUGUUACUCCCCACUGUCACCCUCCUAUUGUAUCAUUGUAAGUAUUCUGCCAAGGUAUGCUUUCCUUUGCCAUGUGCAUGCAGAUAAUGAUACGUCCUAGUGGUGCCAAUGGAGUUGAAUACAGAAAUGUACCCUAAACAAAGUCAAAAUACAGAAACAUACCUGGUACCCUAAACGGCGACAGACGAGUCCAUUUUCCGCAAACCAAAACUGUAUUUAGUUGUUCCUGUUCAGCUGAUUGCGAGUGGUGUUGUGCAUCAUGAAAUAUUCCUUACUGUGUAUGCUCAUUCCUUAUAUAACACAAUCAAAUACAUCUCAUACAGCAGUAUGAUAGUUCCAAUGAAAACACGCGACCAAAUUUGGAAUGGACUCGUCGUAGGGUACCUUUCUGUAUUCAGAUUUGUUUCGGGUUUGUUUCUGUUUACAGAAACAUACCUGGGGUAAGCAUCUGUAUUAUCGGUGCCGACAACAACCUCUUCACAGCACCAGUGCAGUUUUAUAUGUCUUCCAGUCCAACUUUACAAACCUGUCAUUUUAACACUUUUUUUAUUAGAAGCAAGGACAUUAUAUAGGAGGAUAUUAUAUAAUGACUAGAACCUUUGUUAAAAAGGUGGUAAGAAUCUACAUAUUUACAUAGCUGUGUGCCAUGACAAUAUGCCUGAAUGUAUAGAGUUUGUGGCUUGAUUUAGAGACUGUACGGCAUUGAUCCAAAGACUGAUUCACGAAUGUAAAUUUUUAAUAAUGUAAAUAGUUUUAAAUAAUAUGUAACAGUGAUAUCAUUUGUAGCAGUGUUAUCAUAUACAAUUCAGAUGUAUAUUUCUAUAUAAACUCUGUAUGUGUUAUACCAAGUGCUACAUAUAUAUACAAAUCUAUAUUUUCUUAUACCGGUUAUUGCCCCAUACACAUUGUGUCCAGACACUCUGGUUGCCAUAGAAACUCUGCAAUAUUUUCAUGCUGCCCAGACAGAGAGUAUCAUAUACUGUAGACUACACCCCCUGCUUCUGUACUGGUGUUUCAGGAGCACCAUGCCAGUCAUACUUGUGUUUCCACAGUCUCGCCAACAACACUUUAAUGGUACUGAUAAAAACAAUCUUCACCUGGUUGGUUUAAAUGAUAUCAUGAAUUGUUUUUAUUAA